AUGAAUUGCGCAGGUUGCUGCUCGAUAAUAAACGACAAUGAUUAUCACACAUGUAUUAAAUGCAAUGAUAGCUAUGACUACUCAUGCCUCAAUAUAUCUUCUAAAGAUGAUUUUAGAAUAGCUGAGAAAAAUAAAACAAACUGGUUGUGCCCCGGUUGCCUUAGUAAGCAACCAAAAAGUGAUAAUACCAACUUGCCGGCGCGGCCCUCAACCCCCACAGGACUUGCUGAUAUUACGUUCAACUCGCGCACGAGGCCCAAGGUGCAGGCAAAGCAGGAUACUGUGAUACCAUCAAACAAAACCUCAGAUUAUGUUUCUCGUUCGGAGAUUGGUGAUAUAAUUCGCGCCGAGAUACGAAGCGCUAUACAUGAUAGUAUUGGAGAACUGAACUAUUCCAUCAAUUCUAGACUGAGUGACCUUCAAGAACAAUUAAGCACUUUUCAGGAAUCGCAAAAUUUUUUGAGUGGCCAAUUCGACAGCUUCAGAGGCGACGUAUUGACCUGUAUGAAGGAUAAUGAAAUAUUAAAAUCGGAGAAUGUACGUCUGCGCUCGGAAGUUAACAGCCUCAAUAAUCGCAUAUCUAACCUUGAUCAGAUGUCAAGAGCUACGAACCUUGAGAUACAAUGUGUCCCUGAACAUCGGUCAGAAAAUGUGCUUUCUAUUUAUUUAAAACAAUUGUUUUCUUUAAAACAAUUGGGUAACGUAGUUAAGUACCCUGUGAAUGAGAAAGAUAUUGCUUUUUGUUCACGGGUUGCUAAAAAAGAUAAUAGUAGUACACGCCCACGCUCCAUAUUGUUAAAAUUUACUACCCCCCGUAUAAGGGAUUGUCUAUUAGCUGCUGUACUGCAAUAUAAUAAGGAACACAAACAGGAAAAACUAACUAGCAGUGAUCUGGGAAUUGACGAUAAGAAAACUCCAAUAUAUGUUGUCGAAAAUCUUUCACCUGAGAAUAAACAAUUACACGCGGCGGCCCGACUCCGCACAAAAGAAUUAAACUAUAAAUUUGUAUGGGUGAGAGGUGGACGAAUAUAUGUACGUAAAUCGGAAUCUACUGAAGCAAUUUAUAUUCGUAACAUGGAGUCACUGAAAAAAUUGGUUUGA